AUAGGCUGAGCUAAUGUGUUUAAGACCAACUGUAUCUUAAAGGGUUAGAGUUUUACUACAAACACACACUCACACAUAACACAGUAAGAUUGCAAUCUCCUCACGACAGGCCGCGCCUAGAAAUCGUUGUUCAUUGCAAUACCAACAAGCUGGCCAGGCCAGACCAGACGCACACUUGUAUUAGUAGAGAGUUCAGUGUCCAUCAUGUGGGGAUAUCUGGUGCUCAUCUUGUCAUCGCUCGCCUGCAGCUAUCAGGCGUCCAACUUCUCAGGAGUGGUGGUGGCCGUUCACUACACCAUCAACUCCAGAAAUGAGUGCAUAAAUCCUUUUUGGACAUGCCUGUCAGGGUACUGUGGUUUAAAGGCACAGGAAUUUAACGUUACUGCGCCAGGACUGUUUGGGGGAUGUACUACAGUGGGGCUCACAAUAUAUUAUGUUUCUGGCCCCACACAGUUUGUGCUUAGCUUGCACGGCCUCCAGUGGGUCAACGUCACCAAUGACGUCAAGGACGCGGUGGCCCUCACGCGUGUCGACUGGAGGAGAAGGUCUGAUACCGGCAAGGCAAACGCAUCCCCGCGGAGCGCCGUUCCGCACGUACUCAGAGUUCCCUCUAACUGCGAGAGGAAGGUCACACUGCCCACCAUUGACUCCGACGGAGAUGCGGUGGCUUGCAGAUUCCAAAACAAGACAUCUGUUCUCAAACUCACACCGAAUUGUACCAUGACGUUCAUUCCCGGAGCCAACGUCAGCUACGCAGAGGGCAAGUACGCCGUGCAGCUGAUCAUGGAGGACUUUCCUCGGCAAAACAUCACUUUGACUGACGGCAAGGGGAAUGCGAUUCCUCUCCAAAGCGAGAACGCCCUCGGCCAAAUUCCCAUUCAGUUUCUACUGAUGGUGGAUCCCCGGGUGGAGUCCUGUGUUGAAGGGGAGUACCUCCCCGCCUUCCUGCCACCCACACCCGCCAAUGGAGAUCUUUUGUUCGCCUCGGUCGAUGAGACACUGAAGAUCUACAUUAACACUAUAGCGCGGAAAGCUAACUCCACAGAGAUGAUUUUUAUAGGACCUCCCGGCAUGGUCUCUGCUUUCAAAGACGGCCUUCAUUUCCUGGUCUGGACUCCCAUCGAGACCGACUUGGGCCAAAGUCAACACGUCUGUUUCAUCGUUCAAGCUCUAGAAAGGGUCACCCUGAUCGUACGUCAUUCAGAGAUGCGUUGUGUCAUUGUAACGGUUGUACCUGUGGUGGUCGAAUUGAGAGCCAGGCUCCGGUCCGCGUUCCCGCUAUACGAGAGCACUUUCAACUUAACGCAGAUUAAGGCGGAGCUGGUGAUGCAAGGACUGCCCGCCGACAUCACGCUGAGAUUGUUGAGCUUCGACGAGAAGACCGCAACGGCAACACCGUCUGGAGGGGAAACUCAAACAGCAGUUUUAGCCCCAAGCACACCAUGAUUUUGGGGCCAAUUUAUUUUUCUGCCAAUUAAUACCAUUCAUAUCCCGUACCUCCCGUUGACUCGUUGCGAUGUUACGUUGCUGCAUAUCUUUUGACCCUCGAUGUGCUUUUGAGAUGAGUACCGUAUUUUCCGCACGGUAAGGCGCACCUAAAAAGACUUCCAUUUUCUCAAAAGCCGGUAGUGCACCUUGUAUAUGGAUCAAUAUUAGUUCAUGGCAUGACAUUGCCUUUAACCCAGCUUCAUCUAGUGGAUGGAUAAUGCAAGCCCAGCGAAUACCACUAUUGCACCUCAUCAUGCAGUGCACCUUAUAUAUGAAAAGAGUUUAAAAUAGGCCAUUCACUGAAGGUGAGCCUUAUAGUGCGGAAAAUACGGUAAUCCUUUAUCAUCUGUGGAAAAAAACCACGUUGGACUUCCCCUCCAUUUUCUAUUUUUACAAUGCUUAUUCUAGGAAGGAAGUUUUGAAUAUCUGGCAAUUGACGACAAUAUAUCAUACCAGGAUGUCACUGCGACAUCGCAAACACCAGGCGCUCUAAAGUGGAAAAACCAAUAUGAAACUACUGUCCACAUGUUGGCUGUCAUGUCAGAUCUCUCCAAAUAAAUUCCCUUUCAAUAACUUUAACUCUUGCAACUUUCUCAACAUUACACGCGCUCACCUAAAGGGUAUCAUAAUACUAAGAGGCUGUGAGAUAUCAAUAGAAGCGUUAUGUGGCAAGAUAACAAAAAAAUAAAUCACAUUCAUGAGCAAUUAUCGACAAUAGAUCGAAAAUUACGAACAUUUCCGAAAGUAUUCCGGAAACAGCCGAAUGGGGCGGAAACGUCACAACAAGGAAACAAAAGGUCGAGGCAGGUGCCAUUAAUGUUUACCGACA